AUGGCGACACAAUUUGGAACAGACGCGAAUACCACAGAGCUCGUUCUCACAUCCAACGUUAUGGAGCCCCUCUGCUACCAUGCGAAUCAUCACAUCAUUGAGUCAAAUCAGAUUGCUCUUUUCCUACUCCCCUUCCCACUCGCUCUUCCUCCUUCCCCCUUCUUUUCUCCCCCCUACAGCCGCCUCCCCGAACUCUUAGGCGCGGCCAAGCUGACCAUCAGGGGCGCGUGUGGAUCCGACGGCAUCGUCAAGUGCAUCAUAUGGGGGGGUAACGCCUUCCCCAUAUUCACCGGCGCCUCCCCCACAUUCUCUUCCUCUGCGUCAAGAUCCACGGCGGGGCAGUUGACUCUGGUCAACCUCAGCUUCCAGCGCGCGCUCGGAGGUGUCCUUUCCAAGUUGCGCACGUCAGUCAACGCCAGUCAAUGCAAUUUCGCCCACAACGUGGCUGCUGCUGAUGCUGGCGGAGGGGUGCUCAGAGACAACAUCACUAUGAUGAACGAGCCUCCCGAGCGUGUCUUCACGGACUGCACAUUUUACAACAACUCCUCGCCCGCCCUGGGGGGGGGCGCGGUCAACAUAGACGCCCCCACCUUCAACGCCACCGGCCUCACAUACGAUGUGCCGGCUCUCUCCUUCCUAUACUGCAUCUUCCAGGACAACAGCGCGCCCAAACACCUGGGUGGGGCGCUUAGGGUGGCGGGGACGGCCAGGCUGCGCUUUGAAGAAUGCCUCUUCGAUGGGAACAGAGCUGGUGUUUCUGGGGGAGCCAUCUACGCUAAAGACGCCCUCCUCACGUUCGUCAAAGUCCACCUGACCUACAACAAGGCGCUCGGCACCUCCACUCUCAACACCAUCACCACUGGCGAAGGCGGUGCGGCCUACGCCGCCGCCACGGGACGAAACCCCGAGGCUGCGGUGCGCUUCUGCACGUAG